GUGACGCCCCUCCCUCCUCUACCUCCACACAGCAUCAGCACCUCGAAACCGAACAACUCGACCCUCCGCGGGAAGAGGAUGCUCUCCGGCCCGUGAGGCUGCGCAGCAACAACGAGACCGAUAGCCUGACGGUAUAGUCGCUGUUUCCCUGCCUGCACGUUUAUGCCGCCUCGCUGCCUCCAUUCAUAUUGCACCAUUCAUGCAUCCCCAAGAAUGGAAACUCGCUGCGAGGAAAGGGAAAAAAAAGAGAAACAUUAAAAUAACCCUCUGCGGCCCCGGUGGCUCGCUUUCGUAAGACAUCAUCCUCGCUCGUUUUUUGGUGAAGCUUCCUUUUCAUGGCGGGCUUAAAGUGAUGAGGACCCCCGAUUUUGGCUUGUGAGGGCGCCUCGCGAAUGUAGGGCUAGUACGGGAAAAGCCGAGCAAACAAAAGGCAUCCAGACCCCCUCCUCCUCUGACGCACCUGGCUGCCCUGUCGCCACUUGACAUGACAGCGCAGAGCCGGGAGCAGAGCAGCAGGAUCAAGGGGCACCGACGUGCGGCCGGACGUGCGGACUCGACGGGGAACACAGGAGCCUGCGGACGCUCGGCGGAGAGGCAGCAGCAGCAGCCCAGGGGAGGCCGGAUUGCAGUUUCUGGGGACGAGCGCCAAGGGCAGUGCGGCAGUCAGCAGGCAGACCGGGGGGAGGAGGCUGCGAAGAUCUGCGAUACUUCCCCCCAAGUCAACACUGCUGUCUCACCUCCAUAUCAUCCUAAAGAUAUUAUGGUGGAAGUUUUCAUUUUUCAUCAAUGGUGACUGUUGCUUAUUCCCCUAGCUUUUUUCUUCUUCUUCUCGCCCCUUUCUUCCUUUAUCCAAUCAGUGAUUAUGUGCAAUUAAAGGAUUAGAUCUGCUCUUGAGGCAAGGGUGGAACCCUGAGGGGACUGAUGUGCAUACUGGCCAGGUAUCAUCGGCUCCCGUCUUCUCUGGCUUUGCUCAUUCUGCUUGUCGCCUGCACUAUGGGCUGUAUUCAGAGCAUCGCAUGCAAGCCCCGCAUCAGACGGGAGAACAUUGUAGUGUAUGAGGUGUCCGCCUCUAUUGACCAGUGUCCCACCAUCAUUGAGGAGAACUCACCGAUUGUGCUCCGCUACAAGACGCCUUACUUCAGGGCCUCAGCGGGAGUCGUGAUGCCACCAGUGCCCCGCAACGAAACCUGGGUGGUGGGCUGGAUCCAAGCUUGCACCCAGAUGGAGUUCUACAAUACCUAUGGCGAUAUUGGCAUGUCCAGCUGGGAGUUACCAGAACUGCGAGAGGGUCGGGUCAAGGCCAUCAGUGACUCGGAUGGUGUCAGCUACCCCUGGUACGGCAACACCACAGAGACGGUCACCCUCACCGGCCCUACAUCCAAACCGUCCCGUCUGACGGUCAGCAUGAACGACAACUUCUACCCCAGUGUGACCUGGGCUGUCCCCAUCAGCAACAGCAACACACCCAUGCUGACCCACAUCACCAGGGACCAGAGUUUCAUCACCUGGUUGGUGGCCAUGAACUCUGUCACAAAGGAGCGUAUAGUGUUGCAGACGGUGCGGUGGCGGAUGCGGGUGGAUAUCGCCGUGGAUCCAGACAUGCCGCUGGGCUCUCGGGCCUCACUGGUGGGCCGCCCCUACCAGGAGCAACCGCACAUCCUCAACUACCAAGAACCCAUCCCUCCCAACGCGCUGGGGAGGCCGAACGCCAACGAUGCCCAAGUGCUAAUGUGGAGGCCGCGGAGAGGGGCGCCGCUCGUCGUCAUACCGCCAAAAUAAGAGAGUGAAAUGUUGCACACACAAAAAUAUGAUUGUUCCCUUUUGGAAAAAAAAAAGAAGUGGAGGGGGGGUGUAAAUGGAUAGGAAAGUAAGCCCGAUGGUUGCCCCCCCCUCCACCCCUCUGUGGCUUCUUCUUCCUGAAUGAUUCAAAUGGACUAUCGCGAUUAGCCGGUACGGAUAUUACAUCUGGGAUCUGACGUAGCACAAGAAGUCCACAGCAAACUAUUUGUCAAGGACCUGGAGCUGCAUCAAAGCUUGUUUGAACCCCCUCACAUGCUUUGGACUGGAAUAUAGAGUUAUGCCUGCCUUUUAGCUGAGAAGGAAAAGCUGUUUUUAGAUGUAUCGCAGAGGUAUUAGACCACAACAAGAACUGCAUCCUGCAUCCUUAUGUAGACCCUAUUGCAUGAGAAUGAGAGGAACACACAAAAAAAAAACCCUCUCCUUGGAGAACUUUCGAAUAGCAUUUGUUUUGUAUAACUUGUUACCUGAAGACGUUUUGAUUGAAAAGUCAGCCAAAAAGAAAACAAAAAAUACAGAGGGCUGGUAAACCUCAUCAGUGCCAACAAAGGCCUUCAGCAAUCUCAGUAUUAAAGGAUGUAUACAGAUCAUUUAAAAGAGACAAAGUAUUAUACAAAUCUUUUUAGGUGAAGAAUAAACUCGUACAUCGACCAGAUUGUAACAACAGCACCCACUUGGCAUAAAAGUCUGGGAGAAGAGAAAAAAAAACAGCCUGCUGUAGUUUUCACUUGAGUUCUGCUAAUACACCAAACUUACGCACCCAGCAUAGUUUCUUGCCUCAGUUGUGCAGCUGAUGCUGUUUUGUUUUUUUGGGGGGGUUUUUUUGGAUGGGUGUCAGAUAUGUCAGAGGGAUGAGCCAAAUCUGUUGCUACCUUAAAUAAAUAAUGUCAGCUAUGCGUUCAAUAAGUGCAGCGUAAAUGACUUGGAGCAGUGCCGGACAACAGAUUUGAAACAAGAAGGCGAUAGCAGUCGGCACAUAUAUCACAGGUGGAGCGAGGCCAAACUGUCCCGAGGCUACAUUUGAUGUUGCACUACAAUCCAGGGAAUAGAAAUGUACCCGUGAUGGUUUUGCCGGUGUGAAACUAAGCCAGACACCAUUUUAAAAAUGGGUUUUAUUUGGAUCCGUACCAGCGCUGCUUCUGUGACGUCAUACUGAUUAUUUGUCCGGCAGAUUUCUGCAGAUAAACACGCAGAUGAAGACCGUCACGACGUCGUGGCCACGGCCCGUCCUGGGCCUCCGUCCAGGUCCCUGCCUGCCACUCUGCACAAGUCACAUGACUCAUCUUCCAUCUGUGCUUCUCUUCAGGUUCACGCCUCACCUUCCCAUAUGCCCGCUCUCUUUCCUCCCCUGGCUGCACACCUCAUACACGCAGGCUAGGGCCAUACCGAAGUCACAAAUCCUUUCUGAGAUCCACAACUAUGCAAACAUUGUCUGUGUCUGGAAUAAAACUGCUGGAAACACUGCAAAAUGAACAGGAAAAUAGGCUAAAUGAGUUCUCCCACCAACGCCCUCCCAUCUUAUUUUAUGCUGCUUUUAUUUGCUGGGAUCAAUGUUGAAUAAAAAUGAUUGUUGCUACCAAUUAAAAAGUACACAGAGGUGAAAAUAGGUCAUAUUAAUUCAGUGUAUCUUCAUUGGUCACAGCACCUCGGCUCUUUCAGCCAUCUGUUGCUAUAGAGACCGGUUUGGUUUUCCUGAGUGCACUGCAACUGGAACUGAAAAAAAAGAAAACGAAAGAAAACGAAAAGAACUGUUCAAAAUAUUCAUGGGUGUGCCGACAUCUGUGUGCGAGGAUUAGAGAGAGUGUAUGUGUGGGGGCGCUCACACACACACACACACACACGCAGGUAGACUUUGAUGUAAGAUGAGAUCAAGGCAGCGCUGGUUGUUUCAGCAUAAAAAAAGAGUUUAAUUUAUUCAUUUGUUGUUACAUAAAAAGCUUUUCUUUUUGUUUUUCUGAAUUUAAAUAACCCUAAAACGAGCGCUUUUGAUCUACAUGUUCAGGCUGUGAGUAGCAAGGUCAAAGCAGUCGUUUCAGUUUUAUGUGAAAUUUCAUCUUUUAUUUUUUUUUUAAAAAAAAGGGAAAAAAGGACAUUCAGCAUCUUUGGACAGAGGUAACCCCUCCUCUUUGCAGCAAGUUUACUCCUCCUUCCACCACUAGAUGGAAGUGCUGUCAAGGAUUCGCCUCCCGUUUGCUUUGUAAAAGAAUACACAGUAUUUCUUAUCGCAGUUCUUUCGUUCCCAAACAAUGUUUUUAUUAUUACUUAGAAAACCUCCCACUAAUGUCAAAGAAAGAAAACACACAAACAAAAACCACACAAGCUCCUCGUACUGAUAAUACAAACAGCUCUUUUGCCCUUUCAGAAAAAAUGUUCAAGUAUAGGAAAUAAAAAUGUUUUUGCCCCUUCGAAACAUAUGACAAACUGAACACCACAUGGACGGCAAGAACUGGUUAUUUAAACAGACUAAACGACUGACUUAUAGAAAGUUUACGAAAGGUCCCAAAGUGCCCAAAUGUUUUUUCUUUGUGAUUUACAAUAUAUGCUUUGGUUUGUUUGUUUGUUUCUGAACGAAAAGGUUAUCUGUCUUAUCCAGCAUGUAACAUCUGGUUUAUGACUGAGGUUCUUUAUUGUUUGCCAUAUCUAUGUUGUUCUGUAUGAAACAAAAAAAACAACAAAAAAAGAUGAAGUCGGUCUGACCGCUUCGCAACAUGUUUUAAUUUUUCUACACACCGUGUUUUGCAG